CGCCUGGUGGGCAGCUCAAUGGAGAGUGGGCCUGGGCCUGCCGCCUAACUGCUCUGCAGUGGGCCACCUUCAUUCUCCCUCUCCCCGAGGCUGGCACACUCCUCAGUGGCGGUGGCAGCCCCAGAAAGGAAGGACACAGCGUGUGACCUGGCAGUGGCCCUCCUCCCUCUACCAAGUCCCAAAGCCUGGAAGGUGGCCCCUGAACCCUGCUGCCAGCUGGUGAACCCUGGAGGCAGGCAAGGAAGUGUGGCAGGGACCCGGCAGGGAGCACCCCCCGCAGCUGAUCACAGCUACUCAGGAUCACCCACAAAGACAGGCCCUGGAGCGAGCUCACUGGCAGUCUCUCUAAAUAGAGACUGAGGCCCCUUCACUAAGGUGCUGGACCAGAGGCAGGGCCUGUGGGUUCCUGAGCCAGCUGUGUCCCCAGAGAACCUGCCUUGGAGGUGCUAGGAGGAGGAGAGAAGGCCCAAGGCCUGAGUGCCAGGUGUGGACGGGGACCCUGCUGCUGGGCACCUGCCUGCUGUACUGUGUGCGAGUUUCCAUGCCCGUGUGCACGGUUGCCAUGAGCCAAGAUUUUGGCUGGAACAAGAAGGAGGCUGGCGUCGUGCUCAGCAGCUUCUUCUGGGGCUACUGCCUGACACAGGUGGUGGGAGGCCACCUCGGGGACCGCAUCGGCGGUGAGAGGGUCAUCCUGCUGUCGGCCUCCGCCUGGGGCUUCCUCACUGUCACCACCCCGGUGCUCGCUCACCUCAGCAGCGCCCAUCUGGCCUCCAUGGCCUUCUUGCGUGUUCUCACCGGUCUGCUCCAAGGCGUGUACUUCCCGGCCCUGACCAGCCUGCUGUCACAGCGUGUGCCCGAGAGCGAGCGGGCCUUCACCUACAGCACUGUGGGGGCCGGCUCUCAGUGUGGGACGCUGCUGACAGGCGCCGUGGGCUCCUUGCUCCUGGACUGGGGCGGCUGGCAGAGCGUCUUCUACUUCUCGGGCGGCCUCACCUUGCUCUGGGUGUGUUAUGUGCACAGGUACCUGCUGAAAGGAAAAGACCGAAGCCUGGCCCUGGGUGUCCUGAUGCAAGGCCUGCCCCUGGCCAGGCCCUCCAAGGUGCCCUGGAGACAGCUCUUCCGGAAGCCUUCUGUCUGGGCGGUCAUCUGCUCUCAGCUGUCUUCGGCGUGUUCCUUCUUCAUCCUCCUGUCGUGGCUGCCCACCUUCUUCAAGGAGACCUUCCCCCACUCCAAGGGCUGGGUCUUCAAUGUGGUACCCUGGCUGGCUGCGAUUCCCGCCAGUCUAUUCGGCGGGUUCCUUUCUGACCAUCUUAUCAGUCGGGGGCCAGCUCACCCACGGCAAGAGACACCCAUCUUGAGCCUCAAGCCUGGGCCCUGUCCUGCUUCCUCCCCGCCUGCCCCUGUGGCUGUGCAGGUGGCAGCCUUCCUGGGGACACUGUCAGGGGCUAAUGGGAACCACCCUGGCUCUGUCUCCCUGCUCAGGUUACAGAGCCAUCACUGUGCGGAAGUUCAUGCAGCCCUCUCCCCCACAGUCAAUGGGCCUUGGCCUGUCAAGCUUCUUCGCACUGUGUCUGGGUCACACGUCCAGCUUUCUCAAGGCUAUGGUCUUCGCAUCAGCUUCCAUUGGCCUCCAGACCUUCAACCACAGGUAAAGGCCCUUGCCCCAUGCACUUGUGUUGCCGGGUGCCCCAGGCUUUGGUGGACCACGGCCCAGGGGCCCUUGAGUGGUCCUGUGAGCAGUCACUCAGCCCAGCCAAUCUGGGUAUCCAGCUGGUGCAACCCAGCCCUGCAUACCAAGAGCUCCCAAGGGAGGGCAGGAGCGGGGUGCUGAGGGAACGUAGACCACUGCUGGCCGGGGUGGGAGGGCAGAGGCUCACCACUGGACAGUAGUCUCAAUGCCCCUGGGCACUGUGAGCCUGCCGUCCGAGCCUCUCCACGUCUUUCCUCUGAUCCUGCACCUUCCAAGCUGAGCGCCAGCAGCCACAGCUCAUUAUCUCGGGGACUGGCUUUAGGGACUGGUAGUGCAGGGUCUUCGGAUCGGCCAGCAGUGAGUGGUCUGCGUGCGUGCUGCACACGUGCUCUCCCCGCCUCUUGUCUUUCCAGUCCUGCUCCCGUUGUGAGUGGGGAAGAGCUGAGUGUGGGCACCGUGUGUCCUCCGGGGGCUUGGUACCCUCUCCCUUGCACUGCCAGCUCUUUCUGGCUGUGCAGGGUCAUGACGCCCCUCACCGCCUUCUCUCCCAUUUCUCCCAGUGGGAUUUCUGUUAACAUCCAGGACCUGGCCCCGUCCUGUGCUGGCUUUCUGUUUGGUGAGGAUGCUGCUCAGCCCAGGCGUGGCCAGCGGGGCUGCCCUGGCGGGCGGGCAGUGAGUGCCACAGUAGGCACCCUCUGAUGUUCUUGUUUUCUCCCUGACCUGUUCACAGGUGUGGCCAACACUGCAGGGGCCUUGGCAGGUGAGAGGUGGGCUUCUGUGCCCAGGUGUCCCUGCCCUUUGGGUUGGACCCACAAAGGAACUAGCUAGGUGGGUGGGGGCCCACAUGCCCACCUAGCUCCCCUGGUCCUGUGGGUGACAUGUGGCACACUUGGAGCUAUCCCUGCAUCAGCAGAGAGUACAACCCCACACAGUGGCCUUCUGUGUGGCCAAUGGUAGGGAAGCCAGGUGGAAGUCAGACCCAGGAGGCUUGGGGGCCCUGGACUCUGCUCCCUGCCUCCUUUGAGGGCUGGAUCACUGGCUCGCUCUGUACCUCAGUCCCUCCUGCCACCCAUCGCUGGGUCUCCCUUUGGAGGGGUACAGGUGGAGGGACCCAUUUGGGGAUUUCCUGUGGCCUGUGAGCUUCUUGCCUCUGAAACCUUGGGAGUCUGAGUUCGGCCCUCCCUUGGCCCAGUGAUGCAGAAGUCCGAAUUCACCUUUUGGGCCCAUUUGCCCCACUUCCUCUCUGGCCCUGUGCUGGAGCUCUGGGUGGGCACUCAGCCUGCCUGUGCCUGUCCUCGUCCAGGUGUGGUGGGCGUGUGCCUGGGAGGCUACCUGAUAGAGGCCAUGGGAUCCUGGACGUGUGUGUUCAACCUGGUGGCCAUCAUCAGCAAUCUGGGGCUGGGCACCUUCCUGGUGUUCGGCCAGGCUGAGAGGGUGGACCUCAGCCCUGCCCGUGAGGACCUCUAGCUUCUGACCUGCCAGCCCCAAAGGGCCCUAGUGCCCACACUCUGGGGACAACGCACUCCAUUGAGGAGACUCAAUUGCUUUGGACCUCAGAAGUUGAGGCAGAGGAUGAAGACCAGUUAGGUGGCUCCCAAGGGACCCGAGGAGCUGAGGUGGACCCAGGGCCGAGAAAGCCUGAAGCUAGACCAGGCUCACUGCCUCUCAGUCCCCACAGCGGGGAAGUCCUGCCCUCCUCACAGGCAGCGUGGCUGCAGCCUGCAGCUGACCACCUGCGGGGACGUGCACCUGUCAGUGCAGCAGCCAUGGGGCAGGCUGAACCUCUGCUGGGCCUCAUUUCUCCAGUGGGCAUCCUCCGUAGUGGGGGCCGCACUUUGUGCUGUGGAGCAUUUGGCUGGAGCCUGGCAGCCCAGAUUUCCACCAGUACAGCCACCAGUACAGUCGCUCCUUCCUACAUCCUUGCCUCCGUUCAUGACCAUCAGAAAGGCGUGGGGACACUGUCCAGUGUCUGGACAUCAGAGCCAUUGUGCUAUAAAGGCCUCGGUCCUGCCUCUCCCUGCAGCCAGGCUGCCACCCCAGGCAGAAGCCCAUAACCACCACAUCAAGAUGCCCCUCACAGCCCGAGGCUCUCCCAUCCUGUGGGCCCCUGGGCACUACUGAGGUAUCCUAGGCCCACGGACCUCUGGGGCCUCCCCAGGGCACUACCUGGACACCCCCUGGGAGUGUGUCAGGGCCCCCAGUGCGAGGUGAACCCUUCUUCCCAGCCAAGCUUUCUACCUCCCAUUUGGUACCCGAGGAGGAGCUGGUGAUUUCAUGAAGUAGCUGACUGUGCAGGCGGAAUACGUAUAGGGAGAGAAAGAACUAUAAAAACAUGGAAAGUCACACCAAAACUUUUUAAAUAAUUAUCAAAAUAUUUUAAAAGAAGAUUUCUAUUUUUAAGGCUUGAAUAAAACCAGAAGGUUUGUACUACCCCCUCA